AUGGACAGGAAGGUGGCCCGAGAAUUCCGGCAUAAGGUGGAUUUUCUGAUUGAAAAUGACGCCGAGAAGGACUAUCUCUACGACGUGCUGCGCAUGUACCACCAGACCAUGGAUGUGGCUGUGCUGGUGGGAGACCUGAAGUUGGUUAUCAAUGAACCCAACCGCCUGCCGCUUUUUGAUGCCAUCAGGCCCCUGAUCCCGCUAAAGCACCAGGUGGAAUAUGACCAACUGACUCCCCGGCGCUCCAGAAAGCUGAAGGAGGUGCGUUUAGACCGUCUGCACCCCGAAGGCCUCGGCCUCAGCGUGCGUGGUGGUCUCGAGUUCGGCUGUGGGCUCUUCAUUUCCCACCUCAUCAAGGGCGGCCAGGCAGACAGCGUUGGGCUCCAGGUAGGGGAUGAGAUUGUUCGGAUCAAUGGAUAUUCCAUCUCCUCCUGCACCCAUGAGGAGGUCAUCAACCUCAUCCGUACCAAGAAGACUGUGUCCAUCAAAGUGAGACACAUCGGCCUGAUCCCUGUGAAGAGCUCUCCAGAUGAGCCCCUCAAAUGGCAGUUUGUGGAUCAGUUUGUCUCAGAAUCUGCGGGCGGGCGGAACAGCCUGGGCUUCCCCGGGAGUCGGGAGAACAAGGAGAAGAAGUUCUUCGUCAGCCUGGUGGGCUCGAAGGGCCUUGGCUGCAGCAUUUCCAGUGGCCCUGUCCAGAAGCCUGGCAUCUUCAUCAGCCAUGUGAAGCCUGGCUCCCUGUCUGCAGAAGUGGGGCUGGAGACGGGAGACCAAAUUGUCGAAGUCAAUGGCAUAGACUUCUCCAACCUGGACCACAAAGAGGCCGUGAAUGUGCUGAAGAGCAGCCGCAGCCUAACCAUCUCCGUUGUAGCUGGAGCUGGCCGGGAACUGUUCAUGACUGACCGGGAGCGGCAGGCGGAGGUGCGGCAGCAUGAGCUGCAGCGGCAGGAGCUUCUCAUGCAGAAGCAGCUGGCAAUGGAGUCCAACAAGAUCCUCCAAGAGCAGCAGGAGAUGGAGCGGCAGAGAAAAAAGGAAAUUGCCCAGAAGGCAGCAGAGGAAAAUGAGCGAUACCGGAAGGAGAUGGAACAGAUCGUGGAAGAGGAAGAGAAGUUUAAGAAGCAGUGGGAAGAAGACUGGGGCUCAAAGGAACCGUUGCUCUCCCCUAAAACCAUCACUGCCGAGGUGCACCCAGGGCCCCUUCGAAAGCCAAAGUGCGAUGAGGCAGAGGUGCAGGCGCUGGUGAACAACUCGCAAGGAGGCACAGGAGGCGUGGAGAAGCAGGGAGAGCAGGUGAGGUCAGCAUUUGGGUGGUUUUAUCGUUAUGAUGGCAAAUUCCCAACCAUCCGGAAGAAAGGAAAAGAUAAGAAGAAAGCCAAGUAUGACAGCCUGCAGGAGUUGAGAAAGAAUAAGAAGGAACUGGAAUUUGAACAAAAGCUUUACAAAGAGAAAGAGGAAAUGCUGGAAAAAGAAAAGCAACUAAAGAUCAACCGGCUGGCCCAGGAGGUACGUGUCCUGCUCACGGGCCAGGUGUCCGAGACAGAGCGGGAAGACCUCGAGGAAUCGGAAAAGAUUCAGUAUUGGGUGGAAAGGCUCUGUCAGACGCGCCUUGAGCAGAUUUCCUCUGCUGAUAAUGAGAUUCCAGAGAUGACCACAGGGCCCCCGCCUCCUCUGCCUUCCGUGUCCCCCAUGGCCCCACCUCUGAGACGCUUUGCAGGUGGACUGCACCUCCACACCACUGACCUGGAUGACAUCCCCUUGGAUAUGUUCUACUAUCCCCCCAAGACUCCCUCUGCCUUACCUGUGAUGCCCCACCCUCCACCUUCCAACCCACCCCCCAAAGUCCCUGCACCCCCUGUCCUUCCCUCAUCAGGCCGUAUGAGUGCCUCAUCCUCACCCUGGGUGCAACGCACUCCACCCCCCAUUCCCAUCCCUCCUCCACCGUCAAUUCCCACCCAAGACCUCACUCCCACCCGCCCACUGCCCUCCGCCCUGGAAGAAGCCCUGGGCAACCACACCUUCCGUGCUGGGGACACAGGCAGCCCAACAGAGGACUGGGAGGCAAAGCACCGCAGUGGGAAGAUGGCCCAGUCCCCUGUCCCUGAACGGAGCUUUCCACCCACCCCAAAGACAUUUUGCCCAAGCCCACAGCCUCCUCGAGGCCCUGGCGUGUCCACCAUCUCCAAACCUGUCAUGGUCCACCAGGAGUCCAACUUCAUCUACAGGCCAGCUGUGAAAUCUGAGGCCCUGCUUAUAUCCUGCGGUGACCCUCAGCAACCUCUGCUCUGUUCCCCCAUACCCUCCUUUUGUUUCCAGGAUUUCCGGAAAUAUGAGGAAGGCUUUGACCCCUACUCCAUGUUCACCCACGAGCAGAUCAAAGGAAAGGAUGUCCGGCUCCUGCGCAUUAAGAAGGAAGGAUCCUUAGACCUGGCCUUGGAAGGUGGUGUGGACUCCCCGAUCGGGAAGGUGGUCGUUUCAGCUGUUUAUGAGGGCGGAGCCGCUGAGCGGCAUGGUGGCAUUGUGAAAGGGGAUGAAGUGAUGGCGAUCAAUGGCAAAAUCGUGACCGGCUACACUCUGGCUGAGGCUGAAGCCACCCUCCAGAAGGCCUGGAGUCAAGGGGGGGACUGGAUCGACCUGGUUGUUGCUGUCUGUCCCCCCAAGGAAUACGACGACGAACUGUAA